GGACGACAGACAGACAGGAGGGUAGAACAGAUAUAUAAGGCACCAAGGCAUGGAGACAUCGAGGCACAAAGAUAUCAAGGCAGCAAGGCAUCAAGAUAUCAAGGCACCAAGGCACCACCAGAUUAUGACCAAAGACGUGUCUGACCUGGACUGGAGUCUUAAGUUGUUACAUCGAUGCACACAUCUCUCUAUAAUAACUCCAAGACUCAACAUCUAUCUACUGUCGCACACACACACACAUGAACGAGACGAGAAAGGACAGGACAGGACAGGAGACAAAGAUACGAGCCGGGGAAAUGAGCGGGACAUGACAUACAUACAUACAUGCAAUAUUACUCAUUAUUUGUCUUUUUGCGAGGUAUGUACCUAUGUAUGUAUGUAUGUAUGUAUGUAUGUAUGUAUGUAUGCAUCGUUAAUAAUUAGCAUGCAGGUGACUUGGACGGAUGGGAAGGUCUGGAACCGAGACGGGGCGAGGGCGAGGGCGUUAGAUGUGUAGGGUGUAGGGUGUAGGGCAGGUAGGUAGAUACGUAGAUACAGGCAUGUAGGGUGUAGAUUGGGUCCUGCGUUGUGGUGCGGCGGUGCAGUAUAUGUCUACUACACCUGAC